GGGCUGGAGCCUGCGCCGCCUGCGGGGCCUGUUGGGCGGGGGCAGCAGCGAGGAGGAGCCGGAAGAGUUCCAGGGCUUCCCUCCCGAUGAGCCUGUCUCGCAGAGUUCCUUGCGCGCUGCCCUGCGCUCCCAGAGAGGCGUGUCGCCCCAAGCCAGUGGCAGGAAGAAGAGGGACGUGUCCCUGCUUGCAGCCCCCUCCAAGGCACCGGCCAAGCCAAGGAAGGGCGAGGCCCAGCGGGAGCGCAUGGUCAAGGCCCUGGCCGAGCUGCUCCAGAGAUCUAGGCCCCCACUGGCCAGGCCCCCUCUGGGCGCCAACCCCACCCAAGCCACCAGGACGCCUCCCGAGCAGGACCCAGGGCCCUCUGAGGCCAUGCCCCCUUCCCCAUCCUCCAGCAGCCCCUCAAGGGGGCAGAGCCACGACCCCAUGGUGCCCCACCGGCCACGGGGCCGCCCCCGCGGCUCCUUCAAGAAGAAGCCGGGAGCCCCUCAGCGGGGUGCCAAGGCUCCCGGCACUGCCCCAGCGCCCCCCAGAAAGAGCCGGGGGCUGGCCUCAGGUGCCAGCCCGAGCUCCCGGAGGAAGGGCCCUGGGCGUGGGCGGAAGAAAUUGCCCUUGCUGCUCAAGUUUGUCUCCAAAGCAAAACGGCUGAAGUCGGGGCGGGUGGCGUUGGCCCGUGCCGGGCUAAAGCCCCCCGUGGGCAGGAAGAGGGGCAGCAAGAGGAGGAAGAGCAGCCCACCAAGGAGGAGGGAUGUUUUGCCGGGGGACUCCCCCACUCCCCCUGCCCCCCCUCCAGAGCAGCUGCCGCAUGAGGCACCAGCCGAGCCGGCCUCUCCGACCCAAGCCCGGUGGAAGCGGCGGAGACGGGCACGGCGGCCAGCCCGGCGCGAGGUCGCUGUGGAGGAGAGGCCGGCAUCGCCCCUGUGUCCGGCCCAGGCAGAGGAGGAGUCAGCUGCCCCGGCCUCCAUCGCCCAGUCCACACGGGCACAGUGUCUGAAACGGGGGCGGGGCCGGCCGCCCCUCACCCCCAGUCAGCGGGCCGAGCGGGUGGCAGCUGCCCAGCGGGAGGGGGCUGGCACGGUGGGUGAGGAGCCCCCUGGGCACAAAGCCACCUUCCUGAAGAACAUCCGCCAGUUCAUCAUGCCCGUGGUGAGCGCCCGCUCCUGCCGCCUCAUCCGUCCGCCCCGGCGCUUUAUGGAUGAGCCCCCCCCGACGAGCCCCCCGGGCCAAGGCCCCUGA